UUCUUAUUCGUCUUUCCCUCUCCCGCUCUCUAUUCCACUUCGGCUUUCUACUUUCUGCAUUCUCAACACUCCUGCGGAGAGUGUUUCAUCAUCGGGUACCCAUUUAUGGUUCAACUCAAUUUAUGCGCAAUAUUUCUACGUUGUCUACUACAAUUAGUUACUUCCUCGAUUUCCCAAUCAAACUACUUACUAUUUAGCUGUCUUCCCUCUCUUAUCUAACCCGGGCCGUUCAGCACCCUCCUUUUGUUUGUUAAAAUGCCGAAACGAGUAUAUCUGGUCCAGUGAUUCGUGUAUCCAUUCGAUCACUAGUCUCAAUUACCCACGAUACUUCAUCGUGAUCGGGUUUUUUUAAGUGGAAGUUUUCCUCAAAAGGAAUCAUGGAUGUUGAUGCACAGCCUACCAUGGAGGAAACUAUUUUGGUUGGUGAUGAUCUUAUGAUGGGUCUACCAUCACCUCUCAUCCCACCAGAAAUAGCGUCUCAUGUCCUUGAAGGUGUUGAUUUGUGUGAUGGGAUAUUGAGAAAUUUAUUUUUAUGCUUGCAAAUCAAUGACAUUGAGCCAUUUUGUCAAGAUGAGAUCGUUUUGUAUAAACAGUGCGUUGAAAAAAGGGACAGGGAAUUGAGGAUUCGACUUCAAGACAGUGAGUGCAAAUUGGGUUCAUCAAUGCCUUUAAAUGAAGCAAAGGAAAGGACUGCUCAGCUUGAAUCAGAGGUCACUUCUUUAGAGAGGCGCUUAAUUCUUGCAAGUGGAGUUGAAGGCAUAGAUGGUUUUCGCCAGAGGUGGAGUUUACAUGGUCGCCUUACAGACACCAAUCAUUUACAUAAGGCAACUUUUUUGCAGGAAAAGAUUGGAGUCCUUAAAGCAGGGAAUGGAGAAUCGGAAAACAGACGAGCCAGUCAGGAAUUCAACUACCAAAAGAUGGUUCCUUUGGUGAAGGUUGAUAAUACUUCAUCUGUAUGAUAUAACUAAUGGAUGCCGCUACAAACUGUCCUUGAUGAAAUGGAUAGGGUUAGGGGUUUUGGUUGUUUGUGUCAAAAUUGCCUUCAAUAUUAGUUGUUUUUUAGCAGCUUAUAUUUCUUAGAUCCAAGUCAAAGUUUUGGUUUUGAUACUACAUAAAUAUAUAUAGAAGGAAUGAAUACCGCUCAUGUUCCUUUGGUACAGGUUAAA